AUGACCACCACAGUUCCUUUAAUCUACUCGUUCCCUGAAUUUGAAGGAGUGGCAGAAGCAGUGGCAGACCAUGUUAUCUCCGCGCAGAACAUGACUCUUUACAAUACCCUCGACCACGCUCAGAUUAAGUUGAUAAAGGACCAUUUGGCUAACAGGAAGAUAGCUGCGUCUGCUUCGAGCAUCUCGUUGUCCAAUAGCCACAGCGGCAGUGGAAGUGGCAGCAUUGGCGGGACUGAAAGCAGCACAGCAAACUUGAAUGGAGCAAGUAGCAAUGGUGUGUCCAGCAAGAGCAAAAAAGACAAAAAGAAGAAACAAGAACUCAGAUUCAAAAUCGCUAUAUCCGGUGGGUCGUUGAUCAAGAUCUUAUUCCAAGGGUUAUUAUCUAGAGAAGAAGAAAUCGAAUGGGACAAAUGGGACGUUUACUUUGCAGAUGAGAGAUUGGUGCCGUUCGAUUCCCCAGACUCAAACUAUGGACAGGCCAAGAGAGAAAUUUUCGACCACAUAAAGGGAGAUAAACACCCUAAGCUCCACCACAUUGACGAAUCACUUAUAGAUGAUCCACAAGAAUGUGCUGAUGCGUACGAGAAGUUGCUUAUAGACAACUUUGCCAAAAAGGAUUCAGUUAAGUUGCCCAUGUUUGACCUUUUGUUGUUGGGGUGUGCCCCAGAUGGGCAUAUUGCAUCAUUAUUCCCCAACCAUGGAGAGAUUUUAAGAGAGAAAUUGGCCUGGUGCUUGCCAGUGUCCAAUGCACCUGCAGGUCCAGAGAAUAGAAUUACAUUGUCAAUCCCAGUUAUAUGCCAUGCCCAUAGAGUGACAUUUGUGGUAGAAGGUUUAACUAAGGCCCCAAUUAUAAGAACCAUCAUGGAAAGACCAGAAAAGGGUUUGCCCAGUAGUAUUGUGAACGAGGGAGCUGCUGGGAGGGUCACUUGGUUUGUUGACGACGAUGCAUUGAAGGAUUGCUACGAGGUUACAAAGAAGAAGUACAAAUUUUUGUCAAUUGAGGGAAGCACUUAA